AUGCUUCGCCCAAAACCGACGCGACAGCCUGUAUGGGCACCCCUGUGGACCUCCUCGGCCCGACGUGCCCUGUCGACGGGCGCCCGGCCGCUCCUCGUCCUGGGUCUCGAGUCGUCUGCAGAUGAUACCUGCGCCGCCGUCGUCUCGAGCGACCGCCGCCUCCUGUCCAACGUCGUCCUCAAGCAGUCGGCCAUCCACGAGUCGUUUGGGGGGAUCCACCCGAUGCACGCCCAGGAGGCGCACCAGGCCAACAUGCCGGUCGCCAUCGAGCGUGCUCUCGCCGAGGCGGGCGUCUCGCUCGGCGACCUGGACGCCGUCGCGGCAACGAGGGGACCGGGCAUGUACGGCUGCCUGAGCGUGUGCCUCGGGGCCGCAAAGGCGCUCGCGGCCGCCACGGGCAAGCCUCUCAUCGGCGUCCACCACAUGCAAGCCCAUGCUUUGACGCCGUUCCUCACCGCCGCGCCUAUGACGUCGUCGCCCGCACCCGAGUUCCCCUUCCUCACCCUCCUCCUCUCGGGCGGCCACACGCUCCUCCUCCUCGCGCGUUCGCCCUCGUCGUUCCGCAUCCUCGCCUCGACCGCCGACGAGUCGAUCGGCGCCUCGCUCGACAAGGCCUCGCGCGAUCUCGGCGUCCCGUGGGCGCUCGGCGCGGGCAGCCCGGGCGCCGCGCUCGAGCGGUUCGCCUUCCCUCGAGGGGCGACGAGCCCCGCACUGUCGCCCGCCGAAGCGCAUGGCACGGCACCGCCGACGCUCGCCAUGCCGUUCGCGCGCGAGCUCGCGUUCUCGUACGCCGGGCAGCGCAGCGCCCUCACGCGGCUCUUGCGCGCCGAGCCCGCCGAGGGCAUGCGCGCCGAGCGCAAGGAGCAGGUCGCGAGGGCAUUCAUGGAGGCGGCGUUUGAGCAGGUGGCGGCCAAGGUCGAGCUCGGCAUGACGAGGCUGCGCGGCGAGGGCGAGGACGAGGUGAAAGGGCUUGUCGUGGCCGGCGGCGUCGCGGCCAACCUCGUCUUGCGCGAGCGGUUGAGGAGCAGGCUCGACAUGCUCGGGCGCCCGGACCUCCCCCUCAUCUUUCCGCCGCCUCACCUGUGCACUGACAAUGCGGCCAUGAUCGCGUGGGUCGGCCUGCACCGCCUCGAGCGCGGGCUCGUCGACCCGCUCACCGUCAUGCAGCGCGCAAAAUGGCCCAUCACCGAGUGCGAGGCCGACUUUCUCGACGUCUAGCAGAGCCAGGAGCGAGAGCGGGAGCGGGCAGACGGACUGAGGGCUGUAGCAUAGACAUCUCUUCUUUGCAUCGCACUUCUACAC